AUGGAACAAACCUUGUCGCUUGGAGGCUGUACGGUCACAAUUUUUGCACCAGGGCCAGAUGGGCCGACUGUGAUAGACGUAAAGACAGGACAAGCCCUUUGGCUGGAGAUAAUUUGUGGGUUUGUGUAUCUUUUUGUUUCCGUGUACAUGGCCUUCGAUCAUCUUCUUGUUUCAACUACAGAGACGGCCGCGAAAGGAUAUGGCGGAGCAGGGUUAAAUCCAGCAAUUGAUAAGAGGAGGUCACCUUUGGAAUGA